AUGCAUGGCAACGAUGUUUACAACACAAAAGCUAGAUUCGGAGGCAAAAACAGGGAGAUCUCCAUUGAUUGUAAGGUAAACGAGGAUGCAAAGUUGUGUUUUAGAGUGGAUAAAAAAAGGUUUUUGCAAAUAAAGGGACUUAAAUGGAAACUUAGAGGCCAUGAGAGGAUUGAAGUAGUUGAUGGGGAGAACAAGGGGGAGAUUUGGAGGCAGAAAAGUCGGUGUAGGUUUAGCAUGAAAGGGAUAGAGUGGAGAAAAAUGAGGAAAAGCUUGGUGAGGAGUGGUGGAAGCUCGUCGUCUUCAUCAGUAUCUAUGUCUCCAGCUUGUUCAGGAGGUAGCUCUUUGGUAAUGGGGUGGGCAAGCGUGGAGGAGAGUGAGUUAAGUAAUGCUCCAACUGGCUUCUCUUCGCUUGUACAUGCCUAA